AUGGAAUUGAAGACGAGACAAACGAGGAAGCUGCUGGAACUGUUGGAGCAGCAAAUUAACAAAUUGUAUUUAUUGCUGAUCACUGCUUCUAUUAAUCCAUCAGAAAUUUUGGUUACGAAAUCAUUACUCCACGAACAAUUACAUUUUUUAACUCAGAGAUUCAAUAAUUUAGGUGAUGAUAAUUGCGACUGUGAAGAAGCAAAUGUAAAAUUUGCUGAUACAGUAACAAAUUUGAAAUAUACUUCUCUAUUGAAAAAUAUUGAUGAGCUUAUUAAGGAUAUUAAAUGCGAUAAUAUUGAUAGCAAUGCAGCCAGACAGAAGACAGAAUCAUUGCUUAAUAAUUUUACAUCAGCUUUACGAGUAUUGGAAGAUUUAGAAUGCUUGCCAUUAAAGCAGAGGCUUCAAGAUUGUCUGGAUUAUGUUAAAGAGAUGAGCACAGCAAACGAAAUUGAGGAUCUUCAAAAUAUAAAGGAAUUAGGCACUUCGAUAUUAGAGAUACUCGAACCACUACAGAAUUACAGAAAAAGUUUAGCGUCUGCUUUUCUGUCGCAGAAUCUAGCUUUAUAUAUUUCUCAAUUAUGCACAUCAUUUGAAAUGCUAGUACAACUGGCUCAGGAGCAGCAUCAGUUAAAUGCACCAAUUUAUACUUGCAAGAAAUAUGUUUGUGAAAGAAUAUGCACUUGUUGUGAAAUGAUAUUGAAUUUGAUGAAUGACUCAAAUCCAUCGCUGGAAAAGGAAACUUGCGAAAGGGAGAAUCAUUUCGUUUAUAGAAUGGAUUUGGCAUUAGACGUUAUAUUAGAAAUACCGAGCAAAACGCAUGAACAGCAGCUAUCUGAAUGUGCGGAACUGUGGUUGAGACUGGAGGACGUCUUCUCUCAUGCUAUGGCAAUUACCCAAGUGUGUCAGCCAUAUAAUUUUAAAGCCAUAACUGGUUCAUGUCAAUCCAUAGUGUUGGAGUACGAAAAAUUAAAGCAGCAAUUACUCUCGGAGACCCCAGAUCCGGCGUUAAAUAAUUUGUUCAUGCAUACAUUGACCGACGCUCUUUAUCGUUUGGAACGUAAAGUCAAUAUAGCGGUACUAACGCUCGCAAUGGAAGUAUUCAGCAAUCCUUAUAUUACUUUGAAAAAAUUUGUUAUGACGUGCGGAAAUUCGUUAAGCGCGAAAAGAAGAUCAAAAAGUGAUUUAAAUGAUCUCAUAGAGGAUUUUGACCAAUUCUUUGAUCAAACUAUGCAAAUUGGAAUAUUUGCGAUCGCUUGUUGCAAAGACAAGAAACGUAAUAACAAAAUUCGUAACUGUCUCGCAGGAUUCGAAUCCUUAGAAACUGAAUUAAUUUCUGCGAUAAUUUCCUUCUAUUUACAUCCAGAUAACAAAGAAAUGCGUUCGAGUGUUAAACUGUUAACUAUGCAGUGGCAAUUAGAGAUGAAUAAGUUUCAGAAUGCUGUAAAUCUCAUUAUAAAUUCGGCUGCUUUCUGUCAAGUAGUUAUGGAUAGUCUUCAAGAACGUAUAACGGCAAUCUCGGAUUGUCUAGAUAACAGAGAACCAGUAACGCAACUUCAAGUGCAAGGUAUCGUUCAGCGUGCUUCAGCUUUGUCUAGUCAAGUCACAGCAAUUGUAAAUGACAUUGGCACUGAAAACAUUGAUCGUCAAAUGAUAAUGAUGACAAGAGAAUUGAAAGCAGCUAUAUUUGAAGCUAACGCCGCUGCCAAAACUCUUCUGGUGGAGAAUGCAACGGAGCCUCAGCAAUUGCGAGUGAUAAAACGAUGUGAAUUAAUAUUGAAUGUUGUUCAAAGAUUACAGCCUGCUUUAGCUACAAUUAUGAACAAUACAACGCAUGAAAAAACUGUGAGAGGUCAAGGAGAUUCCAUUCAUGGUAGCAUAUCAAAUGCCAUGAACUUUCCAUCCACAAUUUAUGGUUUGCCACGCGAUGAAAAUAGUCUAGUUUAUAUUAGAACACCUUAUACAGUAAAAACGCAUAAAUCACAGGUGUCUAUUCAACCGGCAAACAGUACAGUGCAGAAGCCGUCGGAUCUGUCAUAUUUGAUACCUUACAUAAAGAACGGCCAAACAUUGCGUAGCGAGCACUCUAUUAUGUAUACACCCCAUAAAAACAAAAAUGUCAAACAAACAGAGGCAACCGUUAAAAAUGAGAUGUCUCUUAGGAAUCUAUCUAGCAUUAGACAACAUCUUUUUAGCAGAGAUAGCUUUAGCAUUCACAUCGAUUAUGAUAUAGCCGAAGAGAGCAUGGAUUUAACAGCUGCUUUAGAAAAGAUAACUUUAUCGUCCACGUCGGAAAAUGCAACGUUCUCUUCAUGCCAAUUCUCAAAAGUAGAAAACGUAUCUUCGGAAAGCGCAAACAAGGAAUUGGUUUUAAAUAUCGUAGAAAAACUAAGUCAGACUGUUAGACUCCCAGAAACGGAAAGUUGUUUGAGCAAAUCCGCGAUAACAGAGAAGAUGAGUGAAUGUGCCAUAUCUGGUGGCGGUGAUGCAUCCUUAAUCAUGGAAUCGCGUCAAAAACUCAGUAGCGUUCGAUCUCCAGACAAUAAGAUACAAAAGUUAACCUCGGGGCAACAUGAGGUAUAAAGGAAGACUAUAGCCAGAUAUUUAUAGUUCGUUUUUAUUUUAAGAUCGUCUUGAGUGGUAUCUUAAGAUGC